UCCGUCACCAGGGCGGGCACAUCGUUCACACAGACAAUGCGCGCCAGUUUACACGUUUGUUUACCGCCGGGCGAUCACGGGAAGUUCUGACUCCUGCUUCCUCGAACAACAACGGAUACCGUGUGUCUUCUGUCAGAGAAUCAAACGUGGCGGCGAAAAACAAGAUACUCUGUGUCCUGAUUCGUUGGUGGAUGAAAUACUAGUACUAGUAAUUGUCACCUGUGCUCAUCUGUGAAGACUGUUCCAGCGGCUCUUGUUAUCUGUACAGAGGUAGCAGUGGACUGAGUCUAGUCCGGCAAGACUGAAAGCCUUGUAGUCGCCUCCAUUCUUAGGAGGUAAGUCUUAGGUCUCAGCACAUUGGAGGGUGACGUGAGCACUGAACGGAAGAUUACUGAUACAGAAAACAUCUUGCCUGUUGUGGAUACACCGCCCUGCUGGAAAAAAAUGUCAGCAGACCUGACGAACGGGCACGCGGGAGAGCCUUCGGCGGGGCAGGACGCGCCUCUGUCCGAGCGGGAAAGGCUGGACCAGGCGGCACAGGACUGGGUGGCGGGCGUGAAGGAACGGGAGGAGCUACGGAAGCAGAUCCAGGAGAAAGACUCGGAACUGCAGGCCGCACAAAAGAAGGUGUACGAGCUGAUGAAGAAAGUUGAGUCCUUAGAGGGGAGACUGGAGCUUCGCGAGCUGAACAUCCGGGCCCAGGCGUUAAUGGUGAACCACAGCGCUGCCAAUGAUCUUCCCAAGAAGCGAAGACACCCGAAGAAGCGCAGGAAGAAGAAGGCCGCAAAGGACAAGGGUAAGGAAGAGAAGGAGGAGGAGGAGGAAGACGAGCAGGACACCUACAGAUACUACACGGAAAUCGCUGAGAAGUUCCCCAACAUGAAACUUUCCACCAUCCUAGACGCAGAGAAGAAGUUCGUAGCGGCAGACGAGGACGGGAACGGGACAAUCGACGAGGACGAGCUUGAGAAGAUCCUGGACACGGAAAACACGAUGUUCACCAAGGACCAAGUCAAAAGCAUCAUGAAGGAGGUGGACUCGGACGAGACGGGCAACUUGGAUUUCUUGGAAUGCCUGGCGGUUAUGGAUCGUCUCCAGUCCCACAGAAAGACAAACCUUCCCUCCUCACUGCAGAACAACAAAAGCAAUGUCUGCGUAGUGCAGUAAGCCAGCCGAUCGCUAGAGGACGUUGGCGUGUACUAGUACUAGUAUUGUCGUCAACGCUGUGAAUUUGGUCGAACAUGGGUCCUCUGCCAUAAAUAUGUCCCAAACAUUUGUACAUUUCUAUAAGUUUAUAUGUAAACAUCCUUUCAUGUAUUCUUCUAUAUACUUUAUAAUUUCGAAAGAGUAAUAAUGAAAAGCAAAUAAGGGCUAAGAGCUUAAACAUGAAUUUCUGUAGAAUUUACACAUUGAGUAAAUAUGUAGUUCAUAUUGCUCCUUGUAGUAAACGUUAGUAACAGAUAACGAGAGUAAUUGUAGAGGACAAAAUCUGUGCAUUAGUUAUGCAAGUUUGAGUUUCAAUGUUCAUAUGUACAAAAGCAGGCUAUUAUGCACUUUUCGGAUGUUUGAAGAUCAACCUGUCACAGCUUUUUAUUAUUGGACUUAGCAUUUCUGUAAGUUGUGUUUAUAGAUAACCUGGCUACUAGUGUAAUAUGCAUUCAGUCAACCCUCUUCUUUUGUAUUCUUUGCCUGUCCAAGACAGCUUUCAUAAAUCAGGAGCAUAUUAAAACUUUUUGUAUAGACGUUAUCAAAUAUUAAAUGCA